ACAUGGGACGUGGGUUGUUUGGGUUUCGAACAUGGAAUUGGAGGCAAGAAGAACAGUUUCAAAGUGGGGCUACAGAGAUUUGGGUUACCCAUAUAUAGACUCAAAAACAUCUCGCUCUUCAAGAUGCCACGUGGCUGAAAUUUAAAAGGGUAAAAACAUAGCUUGUUCAAGUUCAAGGUCAUGGCUAGGGUUUAUGCAUCCUUCAGAAGCCUCAAACAUUCAUCACCGCUCUUAUCUCAUCUUCCCAUUCUUCCAUAGGAGUCAUGCUCUGUUUGGUUGCCCAGAAAAGGUUAUUUUGCUUCAAAAGCUUGACCUUUUUCUUUACCCUGCAAUGCUUCUUUGUGCAAUUCCUAGAGUUGGUUAUUGCUGCAGAAUUGUCAAAACUGUGCGUUUCCUCCUCAGUUUUUCUUCAUCUUGUGCUCUUAGAGCUGUAGAAUUUGUCGAAGAGAGUAAUACCCAUGAUUUUAAUUACGCCGAAUUACAGAGUAGAAUGCAGAAUUAUGCCAUCUCGGGUCACUUUAGAAAAGCUCUGGAAACUCUGAAUUCAAUGAGAAAUGUACCUGGAAAACCUACCGUGUAUGACUAUAAUGCUUUGAUGUACUGCCAUUUGAAGUCGCGAAAUGUGUUGUUGGAAGUUUUGGUUGAAGUUUAUGUUGGGAUGAAAAGAUUUGGGCCGGCCCCUAAUGCGUCUACUUUCAAUACGCUUCUUAAUGGGAUGAUAUCUCUUGGUAAUUUGAAAGAUUCGUUUUUUAUUGCCAAAGAGAUGUGUGAAAGUGGAUUUGUGCCAUCAUUUAGUUUGUUAUCAAAAAUGUUGAAAAAAUCACUUGGAGUGGGAAGUUUGGAUGAUUCACUUGGUGUAUUUGAUUUGAUGUUGAGGUUGGAGUAUUUCCCGACUGAACCCACCUUGAACCUAUUGAUUUCUAUGCUCAUCAAAGCUGGGAGGAUUCGAGCGGCAUUUUCUGCGUUCUCCGUUCUUUGGGGCAAAGGCUAUUUUUGUAGUGUAUAUAGUUAUAAUCUCAUUCUUUGGGCUUUGUGUAAGUCUGGUCAGAUUUGUACAGCUUUGGCAUUGUUUUGUUUGAUGAAGAAGAAGGGUGUCAUUCAGAAUGUGUGCUCUUAUUCUGCUUUAAUAUGUGGUUUUGGUAGAGAAGGUUUAGAGGAAGAUCUUUUUCAUUGUUUAGAUGUAAUGCAAAGUGAUGGUUGUAAGCCAAAUGUCAGAACAUACACUAUAAUAAUUAAGUUUCUUUGCGAUGCUGGGAGGUUUGAGGAGGCACAGGAAUACUUUGGUAGGAUGGAAAGGGAAGGGUGUGACCCAGACUUGAUUACGUAUAAUGUAAUUCUCCGAGAACUUUGUCAUCUAGAUAGAGUGGGGGAAAUUUCUGAGCUCAUUCAGGUGAUUGAUCAAAAAGGGUUUUCACCCAAUCCAUAUACAUUUUCUGCCUUUGCUGGAGGCAUGUUAAAAGUAGGCAAAAUAGGAAUUGCUCAAAAAAUAUUGCUUGAUGUGAUUUCAAGGGGAUGUGGUCUGGAUGUUGCUGUAUAUAAUAUAUACUUAAAUUGUUUAUGUUGUGAGAAUAGAUCUAGAGAGGCAUUAUCUUUGUUGAAAGGUAUGAGAGAAGGUGGUUUAAUUCCAAGUAGUGUGUCUUAUAACACAAUUCUAAAAGGUUUUUGUAGAGAGAAUAGUAUUGAAGAAGCUUUGGAGCUCUUGGACAGUUUUGAGUGGGUAACAAAUGGGCCAGAUGUAGUUUCCUUCAAUACAAUUUUGUCUGCAGCAUGCAAACGAGGAAACUCUUCAAUGAUUCAGAGGAUUGUGUUUCGAAUGGAGUGUGAAGGGGUUGAGCUUAAUGUUGUCAGUUUAACAUGCCUGAUUCAGUAUUUCUGUACAGUGGGAAAAUUUUCAAAAUGUUUGAAUUUGGUGGAACACAUGAUGUGUAAUGGCCCUCAACUCACAAUAAUUACUUUUAAUUUGCUUCUGGACAAACUUUGCAAGAAUGGGUUACUAGGAACUGCCCACCAGACUUUCAAAUAUCUUAGGAACACUGGGUGUGUACCCGAUACAACAACAUAUAAUAUUCUUAUACAUUCUUCCAUAAGGGAGGGUAAUAACAUGCUGGUGGGCCAAUUGUUUAGGGACAUGUACAGCCAGGGGCUAAAACCAGAUGUUUAUACCUAUGGGUCUUUAAUUGGUGGCCUUUGUAGGGAAGGGAAGAUAACAAUUGCUCUCCAGCUUAGGGAUCAGAUGCUAGGGAAUGGGCUUACUCCAAGUAUUACAAUUUACAACACCCUACUGGGGGCGAUGUUUAGGACCAAUAAGGUUUGUGACAUCAUUUCAUUAUUGAAAACUAUGGUAAUGGAAGGGUGUCAACCUAAUGAGGUAACUUUUGAAAUUCUUAACCAAGCAAUGUCAAAAGGUUGGAUGAAGAAAUAUCCAAAGUUUGCGAAAGUUCUAGGGCUUGUGAUAAAAGAGACUCAGCACGGAGUGAUAACAAGUUAAUUGAUUUGGAGUCUUGGAGCUUGCUACACCCACAUCUUCUGAAUUUCCAAGAAAAUCAAACCUGUAGUCAGGCAUGAAAGCAGAUACUGAACUGAAAGAGUUCCACAGCCUUGAGCACGCAUGGAUGUCUUUUGUGGAUGGAACAAAAUGGAGGGCAUUGUUUCACUCCCUCGCAAAGAAAUUGCUGCACAGCUAUAUGUGCAGACCUUGUGGGGUUCCAAACUGUUGAAAUUGGGCAAUAUGUUUGAAUGGGGAAUGACAGGAAUGACUGGUGAACCAAUGAAGUACAUGAUACUAGGAGACUGGAAAAAGCCAGAGUGGCCUGUGAGAGCCAUUAUUCCACAACAACUUGAGCAGAAUCUGAUAUUCUCAUUCACCAUAUACACAUGCACCCAGAGAACCGCCACCAAUAAUUAACAAGUGCAUUUCUUAAACAGCCUAGAAUUUCUUUUUUUCAGCCUUAUGGUUGGAAUAAAACCUCAUGAAGAUGAGUCCACUCUUCCAUUUUUUCUUCUAUCCUCUUUCACGGAGUUAAAUCUACAUUAUGCUUAUUGAAUUGACACUGAUAUCUAAGGAAACCUUUGGACAACAUAGAUUUGCCCUUGUAUUGGUAGUAGCACUUUAAUGCUGACUUGAGUAAAAUCAGUAUGUUGAUUUUUAAUAUGAAGCACAGUGAUCAUUUUA